CUCUCCCACUGCUGCUGCAGGAGACACUGCCACCCACCCAGAGGACAAGCAAGAGAUCAUGAGGAGCCUGCUUCUUCUCACUGUUCUGGCUGCCUUGGUGGUAGCAAUUCUGUGUUAUGAAUCUCACGAAAGCAUGGAAUCCUAUGAAAUUAAUCCUUUCAUUAACAGAAGAAAUGCGAACACCUUUAUGUCGCCACAGCAGAGAUGGAUGGCGAAAGCCCAAGAGAGGGUCAGAGAACAGAGAAAGCCUGCCUAUGAGCUGAAUCGGGAAGCCUGUGAUGACUACAAACUUUGUGAACGCUAUGCCAUGGUUUAUGGAUAUAAUGCUGCUUACAAUCGCUACUUCAGGCAACGCCGCAGAGCUGAAUAAGAUUGGAAAAAUCUUUUUUGCUGGAUCCUGGUGCCGGAUUUUGUAUCCCCUUGCAUAGCAUUACUAAAAUAUAUAGACACAUGCACAGUGCUUGUUUCCUACAUAUUUUUCUGUUGGGCUGCACCCUUCCUUCUUGCCCCCAGACUGAUAUGUACUGAAAAUACAGAGUGUUAAGUUGUAUGAUUAUUACAUAAUAAACUUCUGAUUUGAUACUUUC